AUGGAGGGUCGCAAGUGGUUUUGGCAUGUGGACGCGCAGGGCCGUUGGGUGCAGAUCUGGCAUACGCUAUGGCGUAGCUUGGAGUUAGCAAGACGGGAAGAUUCCCGACGAGACGAUAUCGGUCGAGAUCUUGCACCAGGAGCAACCUCGGAGCCAGCCUUCAGGAAACGCAAACGGGGAGAGCAGGAUGAGAAUGCACAGGUCCUCUUUUUCGUCUGCUCUACGUUUGCAGCCGUUGUGUUUCAGGCAAUUGCCAGCACCUCAGCGGGAAUGUCGGAUACUACCAACCCGGAAGAGGUUUUGGAGACUGAAGCGGAAAUGUCUUCGUGGAGCUCAGCUUUCGACUUUUUAGAUGAGCCGGCUCAGACGAACCGACAAAACAAAAAGAAGAAAAAGAAGGAUGGACGGGACCGGCGAGCCCGCAAGAAGCCAUCUAAGAAGACCGGCAAGAAGCUCGUGAGGAGCUCGGAUUCUGCAGAGAUUGCUGAGUUUGAUAUACAGCAGCAGGCGAGCAGCUCUAAUGAGCCUGCUACGAACAUCGUGCCAAUGGCUGAAUCAGGCAUGCAGACGGCCCCUGAGGAACUCCAGACUUCUGGAGAGUUCACCUUCGUUGCGGUGUGGCGGCCAGGACCUCCCCCACCGCGAAUUGGCAAGACACGUGCUGUUGCGAAGAUGUUAGUUCGCGCAGGCCUACGUUGCCCUUGUCAUUAUGUUCGCGAGUGCCCUGACAGACUUCGUGAAUCGCCGGGACCCCAGAUCGUUAUACCCACACCUCGGAAUGCGGAAAACAUGCGCAAGAGCGCUUUCGAUGUGAGUGUGUACGCCAGAGGUUGCGUGCGUGCAGAGGCAGGAGCCUGGUGCUGGGUGUUCGACAAGGCGCCGAAGCGCUUGACAGAGUCUCGGCGCGACCGGGAAUCAAGAUCGGUGGGAGCGCGAGCUGCUGAGCCUUUUCCCCCGCCAUUGCCUCAGCUGCCGGCAGCAGCGCCGGGAUACGAAUGGAGGCAAGUACCAGUGGUGCCGGUGCAGCCACCUUUGCCGCCUCCCUCGACACCUGCCCCGAUUGCCCCUGCUGUGCAUGUACCUCAGCAGCAGACUACUUGGAAUCGCCAGCCCUGGCGCGGAGGAGGCCAGCAGAAGCAGGGCCAAUGGAACAAGCGCUGGAACCAGUGGCAUCGGUCCAGCCAGGGGUCGGGUGAGACUCGAGGGUCGGGCCGUCAGUCCUCUUGGACGGAUCCAGACCACCGCAACAUUCAGGAGGCCACUCCUUCUGAAGUGGCCGCGGCCGACGCCCGUCGGGCUGCCAAAGAGGCUGAUCAGGACGAGGCGGACGACGAAGCGUCGUACCUCGCAGCUCUGUGGAAGUCGGCGGAGGAUGAAGCGCGCGCAGACCCCACUCGACCAUUGUCAGCUCGGGAACUGGCAGAGCAAGGCAAACUGCAGUGGUGGAAGAUGCCUUGGAAGGCCGUCGUCGAAAAGUUCCCCGACACGGCUGCAUACAAGGAAUUCUUGGAAGGACUUGAAGGUCCGAUCCCGGCCUCUGUGAUAUCCCGAGUGGCCACGGUCCUUGCUGCCUUUCGGGCUUACGGCCGCCCCCUCGAGGGGGAGAAUCCUGUGGCGGGCGUCGUCGGACCCGAUGCUCACAUUUUUCGGGUGCCUGGGCAACGAAUUUUGAUCUUAUCCUGCGAAUUGCGCGGGCCAAGCUAUAUCCGCAAUCCGAACUCGGAACACUCUGCUAUCAUGGCUCAUGGUACAUCUUUCCCAUCUUUAGUCGGCGUGGCGGAGAUAGGGGAGAUCGCGGUGAACGAUUAUCGCGAUCAGGGAAUUCCCUGCUUCGGCUUUUCGGCACGAGGUUCAUUGGUCGCACUGUCGCGAGAUGCACUGGAAAGUGCAGCGACAAAAUGCGCGAGUCGGGCUAAAGCCCUGGGUGGUGCGAUUAUCCUCGUAGAGUGCGAGCUGCCACGGAGCACCCCCUCUGUGGAGGGGGGGAACGAAAUGAUGCAGAUCUGUUGCCGGGACGCUGGCUCGGCGGCUUUCCUUCAGGGCUUGAACUUGCCUUAUCAGGGAGUGGUCCCGGCGUCGUCUGUUCCUCAGACGGCAGCACAGCCUUCAGAUUCCGGGAAUCCGGCGUACCGCCGGGUCCUCACAUUACUUCAUGCCUUUUCGAGUUUCUUUGACCUGUGUACUUUGAUGGCGGAUGACGAGGAGGUGUCCGAAGUUCUCCAGUUGCACGCGAUCUGCUGUGAUCGCGAUAUUUCUGUCAUUGAUAGAUGCGGGGCGGCACAUUUCCUUGCUAUGCUCUACGCGAGGGCGCGAGCAUCGGACAUCCGGUGUGUCAAAAGUAUCUUGAUAGACGUGCACAACGAGGCUGAUGUCCCAUUCCUGCCGGCACCUCUGCCGGAUGGAUCUUGGUCUUCAGACCCGUUGUCUAGCAGCGAGAUCACCAGGUGGCUGAGGUAUCUACUGCCACGUCCCUCGACGGAGCAGGCCGUCAGUUCGCACUCAUUGAAGGUUACUUCACUUGUUUGGUGUAGCAAAUUCGGGAUGCUUCGCGAGACCAAGCGAGUUUUAGGCCAUCACGCGGAUGCAGCGACUGGCAGUGAUGCAGUUUAUGGGCGUGAGUUGCAGAGCGCGGCACUACGUGAGUACGUUGUCGUACUGGAUGCAGUGGCGACGGGUAAGUUCCUGCCGGACCAGACUCGUUCGGGUCAUUUCUCAUCAGGUUGGACUCGGGAGUCCAUCCUGCAGGCGGCUGCUUUUCCACAGGACUCGGAAGUCCUGCAGGCGGCGGUGGAAGAUGACCAAGAUGAGGCUUUGGCUGUGGUUUCUGAUGUUUCAGACUCUGAUGAAGAAGCCCCGGAGGAACAAUCUUUCUGGGCUCAUCCGACUAGCCAGGUCCUGCAUCGCACGACUUUGGGGUCGGCAAUGUUUUUGUGUGGCCGAGCUUUUGGCGAUCAUUAUCGGCGCAUUCCUAUGGCUCGGGCGCAAGCGCACCCGCAAUGUGCCAAGUGUUUCCCACGGUACUUAGCCAUGACGAGUUCCGUAGAUUCGGCGCCUUUCUUUGUGCAGCGAGCGGAUGAAAUCUCGCUUGCCAAGCGAGUAGUGGAUGCCUUGAAAGGUAAAGGGGUCACCACUUUGGCCCAGCUGGCCUUUUGUGUCGGACAACCGGGACAGGUGCUAUCUCAGACUGAGUUUGACACGUGGAGCGAGGCCAUGUUGGUAGGCAUCACGGUGGGCGAGAAGGCGUCUCUGAGGCGCCUGAUCUUGGAAGCUCAGACCAUGCUAGUGGCUUCUUUGAAGGAUCUGGCAGAACCUGCUGAACACGCUUCCCCUAAAAAGGUGGGGGUAGCCGAGCGGAAUGCUCGCAUGGAUCAGCUUCGGACUCAGCUCGCCGGAGUUUCGCUCACUGGACAGCUUGAGCCGAGUCAUGCAUUACUUGACAUGGCCGUUCAGCAGUGGGAGAGUCGCUGCCUGAAGUACAUUGGCGGUAAGCUGAAGGUUACGGAGGCUGCUGGUAUGGAUGAUCGUGACAUUGAGGGCUCUUUGCAGGUCCUUAAUGCCCUGCGCCGCAGAGGAGUGGCUUACGCAUUUGCUCGCUUGAUCAGUUGGGAAAGACAUGAAGCUUAUGUUUCUUCCUUGUUCAGGUAUUUGACCAAGCCCGCUCAGCCUGGUUACAGGAAGGUGUCUCUUCGUCAGAUCUUGCGGGCUGACAAGCUUGCCUUCUCCAAGUUGUCGGAGGCAGGUGAGGAUAUCCGGGCAGAUGCUUCAGGCACUCUCCCGCUUGAUGCCGCGAUCGGGGCUAUCCUUCACGAUUAUGACCUAAUUGUAGCUCUUCUGCCUAUGGGUGAUUUGGAUGGUAAGGGCAAGAAUGCUAAUGGCCGUGGCGGGCGCCCGGGUCCUUACAGCGAUAAUGCGCCCUGGAAGGGGAAGAAUGGCAAAGGUAAAGGCGGUUGGAACUUCAAGGGCUCUGAUAGUUGGACAGGGAAAGGCAAAAACACAUGGCAGGCCAAGGGCAAGUCGCCCAAGGGCAAAGGCUCUGGAGCCGGUAAACCGGAAUGGUUGCCUGAGGGACUUCGGUUCCAGGGAGCAUCUGCAUGGAAUAACAAAGGCAACAAGGUCUGUUACGGUUUCAACCUCGGGACAUGUUCGGAUGCGAACUGCCAGAAGGCGGCUCCGCCGCCUUGCACCGCCGCCUUGGCGUCGGACGUGGAGAUGACACCUUCGGAAGAACCCGUUUCCGGUGCCGUCUCUGUAGCUGAUGUCACGGCAUCGAUCUCACCGCCUGUUGGAGUGGGAGUGGACCCUGCUUCAGAGAUGGUAGAUGUCGACGAUUCUCCGAUUUUUGUAGAACCUACAGUUUUGGAUCCCCCUACGAUGCCGAGCGCUUCUUCUGAGCCUUUUGCCUUGGAGCGCACAGAGAGCGAGGGGGCGCUCCCCUCACCUCCCGUGGCAUCGGAGGACUUUUCUCCGGCACCGCCUACUCAGGAGCCGGCCAGAGCCGUUUUGCAGUGCUUUGCAGGUCAAGCUCGUGUGGCUUCGGCCUUGAUUAAGCAGGGCUAUUUUUCCUAUGGAGUGGAUCGAUUUAAGCAGAAGGCGGCCAUGGCCCCAGUGCUUCAGAUGGACUUGUCGACGCGGGAGGCGUGUGACUCUGUCCUAACAUGGCUUGACAACCGGAAGAUCGCGGGUGUUAUGAUAUGUAUUCCUAAACACGCCUCGGAGCCUGUUACUACGGCUUUCGUCCUGGCAGUGAUGGCAGGGUGCUUGAGCAACAACCUGCCCAUGGUUCUUGAGGGUUCGGCGUCUUCCCCCUUUUGGGAGAGUUUCAAUCGUUUACCAUCAGCACAGCACCCUCCGCAUAGGGUGGAGCUGGAUUGGCAGCUUUGGGACUCACAUAGCAAGCAGCGCAGCCUCGUGUGGUCUAAUAUGCCCGAAAUCCUCACUGUGCGCAGGGAGGCGGCACCUAUGGGACGUAAGGUGCAGCAGCGAUCGGAGGCGCAGACAGGUUAUCCGCCGGCUUUUGCCACGGCGAUAGCUGAGGUGUUCAUUGCAGGCCUGACUCAGCGACAGCUGAAUCAGCCACGUGGGGCGAUGCCGGAAGUGGUGUCUGAGUGGAAGUUGGUGGUUUAUGUCCUUCUGCCACCGCAGGUUGAGGACCCGUUUGGCGGGUCGAAACGCCUCAAACAGGACUGGCGAGUCCCGCACGGCGCCCGCGUGUUGCCGGAGCUCAAGCUGCUCCCGCAGGAUUCCCAGCUUCUGUCGCGUACUCAGUCAGGGGGGCAAUUGAGCCCGCAACUUCAGCAGGAAAUGCAAAACUUGAAUGGAGCCUCAGUUUUGCGAGUGGGCAUCCCAUGGGAUCCCAUCGAAUUCAUUGCUAAAGCAGGCAAGAUUGGACACCCAUACCAUAAGUUAUCCAAGUGCAACAAGGAUCUCAGAGACCUCGUUCAUGACUUAGUACACAAACCGGGACCGGUUCGUUCUCAGAGGAAGAAUUACAUCGAGAAGUGGGCCAGAAGAGCCAAAGAGUUGGAACCAGAGGAAACCAAGCUGAAAGCUGGCAUGUCGGAUCACAGAAGGAAGAUCCUUCAACCCAAACGUAUCUUGCUAUUUGAAGAGAUGCUGCGAGACAUUGGGUAUGACGAUAUGGGUGUGGUUCAGGAGCUCAUCGACGGAGCCACGCUGACGGGGGACAUUCCUAUCACUGGGGUGCUGGAUACCAAGCUCAAGCCUGCUAGGUUGGAUACUGAACAACUUAUAGGGAUGUCUGAUGAAAUCAGACAGCAGAUCCGGGUGAAGACUGGGUCGUCGGGUGAUAAGGAAAUCGACCAGCUGUUGUGGGAUAAGACGAUGGAAGAGGACCUUACGAUUUCGAGUCAUUGCCGAAAAGAUGUUUGGUCAGCUCCCGUUUUCCUGCGACCAAUUGACAACUACUCAUCGAGUUUGAUUAACGACACGGUCACAGUUUCUGAAAAGCCUAUCACGCACUCUAUCGAUGAAAUUGCAUUGCUGAUAAAUACGCUUUCGAGUGCUGCCCGAAAGAAGAACCUGAACGCACUGUACGGGAAAACGGCGGAUCUGAAGGGAGCUUACAGACAAUUGGCGGUAUCUGAUACAAGCUUAGAUUUUUCUUACCUCUCGGUCUACGACCCGGCAGAGGAGAAGCCCAAGUUGUUCCAACAACUAGCGGUGCCCUUCGGCUCAACCAAGGCCGUGUAUUUUUUCCUCAGAGUGGCGAGAGCUCUUUGGACUAUCUUGGUCAAAGGGGCCAGAAUCCCGACCACGAAUUAUUUCGACGAUUUUGUUCUGCUCGCUCUUGGAGGAGAUAGGAGUUCGUGUUCGCAUGCUUUCGAUGAAGUUAUGAGGCUGCUAGGUUGGAAGCUGUCAGCUGAUAAGACGACAGAGUGGGACACUAGCUUCGAGGCCCUUGGCGUCCUUUUCGAGCUUGACCAGACAGGGUCGGGAGUUCUGAAGGUCAGGAACACUGGGAAACGACGAAAGGAACUUACUGCUGCGAUCAAAGGUUUCCUGGACAAGGGAACCAUGACUCAGAAGGAAGCGCUACAACUGCGGGGUAGGCUGCAGUUUGCUCAAGCCCAGUUUUUCGGUAGGCUGGGAAGACGGUGCCUUACGGAGGUGACAAAGCAUGCCUACACUGGCAGGUCGAAGCUUUCGUCGAUUGCCAAGGAACGACUUGAAGAGUUUGGUAAGUUCCUUGACAUGGCCCAACCGAGGUUAGUGGGACAAGUUUCAUGCAGGACUUUUAUGAUCCUGACCGAUGCGGCGUUUGAAACGGAGUCAGGAACUGGAGGCCUGGGGGGCGUCCUUCUCACCGGGUCAGGCUCGGCACUCUCUUUCUUCAGCGUGCCGAUCUCAGAGCAGCAAGCCAAGUCUAUGUCGUUGCAAGAUGAGCAUACCAUCAUAUACGAGCUCGAAAUGUUCGGGGUCUUGAUCGGUCUCAAGCUCUUGGUCGAAAAGACAGCUGCUUUCGCAGAAUCAUACGAACAGCCAGGUGCUGUGGCUGGAACGGGAGUGAUUUGUUAUAUCGAUAAUGAUGCUGCGAGACAUGCAUACAUCGCCGGCUCUUCGAAGAAAGGGGUUGCUGGGAUUCUUAUCGAUGAGGUCAAUUUCCUUGAGUAUGUCCACGGCAUCUUGCCGUGGUAUGCGAGAGUGGCAUCACCAGCCAAUCUGGCCGACGAACCCUCAAGGAUGAAACUUGAUAGAGUCAAGAAGCUAGGAUUCAAGGACGAGUCUGUCGAGGCGACCAAAGUGGUGUUAUCGAUUGUGAAGAGAGUUUCGAAUCUGCCUGCUUAA